UACGGAUUUAAAAAAUCCUAUUGGCUCUCUGGACUGUCUGUCAGACUAUGGAGAGGACGAGCGGCGGUAGACACAGAUUGCGGGGCGGGUAGUUCAGAUUUGUUGACCAAUUUAAAAAAAAAGAGUAGUAUGAAGUGAAAUUACGUUUUCUUGUUUGGCUCGGAAGGGAAUUAAAUGUCGAAUGGAGUGAAGUUAGACACCCAGAGAGAUGAAGGAGAACGAAUUUGGACGAAAUGAGGCACCAGUUAAAGCUCAGCCCCGGCUCAAAUGAUGCACUGGGUAACAGUUUCCAAAUGUUUGGUGUGUAGAACUUGACUGAGGAGCAAGCUGCACACUUGUAACUUCAAGUUAAAUUACGGAAAACAUUACUCAGUUUCCUGAUAAAUUACUGCUGCUGUGGAAGAUGUAGUCAGCUGUUUUGUUCUGAGGCAGCAGGACGCCACAACUGCACGACACAUUUCUGGACAGUGAAGAAGAAGAAGAUUGAUAUCCAGAUUGAAAUGAUGGGCGGCGAGUGGAGAUGCAUUAACCUCCUGACACGUUUACCGCACUUCAUUUGAUCGUUUGGUAACUCCGAGGAUAUUUUUCAGGAACGUUUAAGAGAGGCAAAGCCGUCUGCUGAUUUACAUCUGCUCCAGAAUUCUUUAACCUGAGCACACUCAAGAUGGAUACUUGUCAAGAUGAUUUGCUGCAGCAGCUUAGAAAACUUUCUCUGUCUGAGCAAGAAGCAAAAAUGAAGGUGGAGGAGCGUGAAGCUCAGAUACAGGAGCUACAGGACACGAUCACAGAGCUCCACCAGGAGAUGUCUCUGAAGGACCAGGACAAACUCAGGCAGCUUCAGCAGCUUGUCCAGCUCGAAACCAGGGUCAAGGAGCUCACACAGGAGUUACAGAGCUCGGCACAGAACAUCACUCAGCUCAGACACGAGGCCAGGGAGAGCACUACGAGCAACAGUGUGUUACACAGAGAUGUGUCCAGUGAUCAAACAGCAGCAAGAGGACUAGAACUCUUGAAGAGUGAGCUGACGCAUCGUGACGCGAGCAUCCAGAAGCUCCAGAGAGAUCUGCUUUUGUCUCAUCAGGCCCGCGAUUCCCAGAGUGCUCAGCUGGACAUCCAGGAGCAGAGGCUGUGGGAGCUGCAGAGGGAGCUGCAGGAGAAGCAGCAGGAGCUGCGGAGAGAACAUAGCCGCCUCCAGCAGCUCAGCACCGAGCUCCAGAGCACGACGAGGAACGCUCAAGAGCUACAGGGUCAGCUACGUGAGGUGAGAACGCGUCUGGUCCAGGUGGAGGCUGAGAAUGAAGAUCUGCAGCUAUAUAAACGUCUGCAUAGAUCUGAGGUGGAGAAGCUCAAUGCAGAGCUGUCCUCCACACAGAGAGGAAGUGAGGAAGAGCAGGAGACUCAGAGGAAGUUCAGGGAGCUUCAGGCAGAGCUCUCAGCCACUCGGGCUCGGCUUAGAGACUGCCAGGACGGGACACAGGAGGCCCAGAAGAGGGCAGAUGAACAGAUCCAGCAGCUUCAGGAGGAGGUGUCCAGGCUGAAGCUACAGCAUCAAUGCGUCAAUCAGCAACUGCAGGAGCGCAGCGUGGAGCUGCAGAGUCUCCAGAAGGCCCAUGCCGAGCUGCAGGUCCGAGACAAAGAGUGCCAGAGAGAGCUGAGCCGAGUCAGAGAGGAGCUACACAACGCCACCCUGAGGGCAGAAGAGCAGCAUCUGAAAGAAGUCCAGAUUGAUGAGCUCCAGCGAGAGGUUGACAGGAUGCUGGUCCUGCUGGAGAAAGACAGAGAGGAUGGCAGUCAGGUGGAGGAGUUGGAGAGACUGAGGGACGAGCAGCUGCAACUCAAGGACAAGCUUGACGAGCGUGAGGACAGCGUAGCCGCUCUGACCCUGGAGGCGGAGUCUCUGAGACAGAAAGUGCGUACCCGUGACCAAGAGGCAGCCGACCUGUGCGAGGAGCUCAUCACCUCCCAGGAUGCAUUGCAGCGGGUGACUGGUGAGCUCAAGAGCUGCCAGAGAGAGCUCAGAGAAUGGGAGGCUCAGAGAGGAGGACAGGAGCAGAGAGUGGUGGAGCUCAAGGCUGAACUGAACCAGCUACAGCACCAGUACACCACCUGCUACUCACAGCUGGUGGAGGAAGAAGCGUUGGUGUCCAGCUUGAGGACUGAACUACAGCAGGCUGAAGGACAGAGAGACACACUGCUGUCUCAGCUGCAAGAGCAGCAGCAUCAGCUCCGUCUGCUCACAGAGAAACAGCACACAGCUCAGCAGGAGGUGGCCUGCAGAGACGACGCCGUGCUGAAGUUAACCGCCGAGCUGAGCGUUGCUCAGGAACGUCUGACCUCCACGCGCAAUGAGCUCGCAGGCCAGGUUCAGGAGGUGAAGUCUAAAGCUGAGGAGGUCAUGACCUUGGAGGAGGAAGUGAGAAGGUUACAGAAGCUCCUGAAUCAGAGGGAGGAGAUGCUCGAGGAGGAAAAAUGCAAAAAUGUUCAGCUUCAGUUAGAAAAAGAAAAUCUUCAUACACAGUGUGAGAGCCAGCGGGAGGCGCUGUGUGAACUCGGUGCCGAGGUACACCAGUGGCAGCAGGAGGCGCAGGGCCAAAGGGAGAGCCAUGAGAAAGAAGUGCGUGAGCUGAGGAGUGAGCUGCGGGAGGAGCAGAGUCGCCUCCAUCAGCACAGAGCCAAUCUGGAGCGCCUGCACAGAGAGCUGGAGUCGAUGCAGAGACAGCAGAGAGACGCCGAGGACGAGGUCUCCCGUAAGGAAGCAGCUCUACGCUCGCAGGACUCAGAGCUGACUCGGUUGAAGGCCCAUCUACUCGAGGCUCAAAGAUCGGCUUCGGAUGCAGAGGCCCGGCUGCAACCACUCAGCGAGUCUGUGCAGAUUUACAAGCAGAAAUACCAGACCUGUGUGAGCAAGAUCGCGGAGCUAGAGAGCACGCUGCAGAGCCACGAGGAGGAGCGGAGGCAGAGCAGAGCUCAGGUGGUGCAGCAGGAGGAGCAGGUGGUGCGUCUGCAGGCGGAGAUCAUGGUUCUACGGGGCGAUGUGGAGGCGCGCUGUGCUCAGCUGGAGAGCGGUGACGAGGCCCUGACCGCUCUGAGUCGGCAGCUGAGAGACACCAAGAGGGAGCUGGAGCUAAGCCACGCCCACGCGCAGGAGUGUGAGCUGGUGAUUGACACACUCCGAGACAACAUGGCAACCCUACGCGGUCAGGUGGAAGAGAAGGAGGAGGCUGCGCUGAAGCUCCAGUCUGAUUUCUCUCUUUACAGAGCGACUCACAUGCACUCCCAGUCAGACUACGAAACCCAAAUUUGUCGCAUCCGCGAACUGGAACAGGCGCUCUCCCAGGCCCUGGAGCACUCUGGAACCUGUCACUCAGAGCUGGAGAAGCUCAAAGAGGAAGCACAGGCGCAGAAGCAGCUCAGAGAUGGCAGCCUGGCAGAGGUGCGAAGGCUGCAGGAGUUGAUGAGGAAGCUCCAGGCUGAUGCUGUGUGUGAGGCUCAGAGCAGACAGGCUGACGUGGACACUCUGGAGCUCAGAGUCACCGAACUGGAGGAAAAACUAGAGGCAGCUCGUAGGCAGUGUGUACAGAAAGAGCAGGCCGUGCAGAAAAGAGACACGCUUCUGAGGCAGUCUGAGGCAGACCUGGUCCAGGCGCGGGAUAAGAUCCGAGGCAAGGCAGCAGAGGUAGAAAGGCACGCCGCCACCAUUCAGGCUCUACAGGCAGAACUCCGGCAAGCCAAGAAAGAGAAGAGAGAGAGGGAGAACGAGUGCGGCAAGCUCCGCACACAGCUGCUGCAGAUCCGUGAUGAGCUGAAGGAGGCCCGGAGCAGCUGCAGAGACAGCGCGCAGGAACUGGCUCGUCACGAGGAGAAGGUGCUGCUGCUGGAGGGCGGGCAACAGCGAGCGCAGGAGCAGCUGGCAGAGCGAGUAGCUGAGGUGGUCCGGGCUGAGCAGAGCCAGAGGAGACUUCAUGCCGAGCUCAGGAGAGUCCAGCAGAGACUGGAAUCCAGCGAGCAGGAGCUCCACGACUGCAGGACUCAGCUGGAGCAGGUGAAGCUGGAGGCCGGCAGCAGCAGGCAGGCUCAUCUCAGCGCCCAGCAGGAGGCUUCACGGCUGCAGCAGGAGAACCAGGAGCUCCAGGAAGAGCUGAACAGCACCAAAGAGACCUUUACACACAUGCAGGAGCAGCUGAGGGAGCACUCGGUGACGGCUCAGGCUCUGCGUGUGGAGCUGGCACAGGAACAGGCCCGGCAGCAGGAGCAGCUGGACUGGGUACAGAGGACACGUCAGAGAGAGGACAGCCUGGAGUCUGAGAGAGAUAAGCUCAGAGCUGACCUGCAAACGGUCAGAAACCAGCUGCAGGAGCGGGUGUGUGAGCUACACAGCGCCACCCUCAGGCUGCAGGAGGAAGAGGCAGACAAGCGGACGCAGCUGCAGGAGAGAGAUGCUCGCAUCGAGACUUUCAGCCAAGAGCUGGCUGAGCGUAGUCAGGAGAUGACACGCUUGCAGCAGCGGCUGAUCCAGCAGGAAGAGAGAAACACAGAGCUGAGUACAGAGCUGCAGCAGCUGCGCAGUCAGAGCCGACUCUCUCAGGACGAGACUCGGGCGCUUGACGGGCGUCUGGCGGAGCUAAACGGCCAGCUGGCACGCGCUCAGCUCUGGGGUCAGCAGCAGCUCGUCUCCCUGCAGUCCAGAGAGGAGGAACUGGUGCUCCUGAAGGUGGAGGUGGCCUCCCUCAGAGAGAACUACUGCUCCAAAGUAGCUCAGCUGGAAACCUUACACACUGAGCUGGACUCUGUAGAACAGAAGUACAGGGCCGCUGUGAGUGAGGUGGAGGUGUUGAGGCAGGCGUUGGGUGACGCGCGCUCUGACAGUUCCCGUCUGCACCGAGAGAGCGAGCUGGUGGUCACCAAUGUCAACCAGUGGGUCAAAGAGCAAAAGCAGGCCAACGAGAAGCUCGGCCUCAAAAUCAGAGACCAGAGCAAGAAGAUCAUCCACCUCACAGCUGAAAAAGAUCAUCUGCAGGAGAACGUGGAGAAGCUGCAGGCGGAGAUCCGGAGGCUGAGGGCGGAGCUCGAUGAGCAAAGAAUGGAGGCAGAGAGAUUCAAGGUGUUUCAGACCAAGAGCACGAGUGAGCAGCUGCACAGCCGUCAGCCUCCUGCACUCAGUGACGUGGCCUCAGGGGCUACAGGAGAUCCAGAGAGCUGCAGGGAGGUAAAGAGGCAGAGCAGGCUAGCAGAGAAACCAAACCACACUGGAAGGAUCGGGAAUCUUGAGCCAUCAGCGGGAGAACGUGAGCAGAAAGAAGCCUCCGGCGCUGCGGCUGGAGCGGAGCUGAGGUGUGUGUGCAGAGCCACGCCCGGCUCCAGUUUCGCCGCUGAAGUGGCGCGGCGAGUCGCUCGAAGGGCACUGGAGAGAAGGACCCUAUGUAGGGCACAUCGCUGGGAGUUUACACCACAGCACUCACUGAAUGUACAACAUCUCAGGGAUUCUCUGUGACACUGAGACUCUUUUUAAAAAGUAAUACAGGAUUGAUGAAAAUAUCUAAAUAGAAGUGAUGGAGAAUUGGGUUUGUUUAUACCUCCGUUUAUUUUAUAAACCUGUUAAACUUGAAUAAUAUCAUGACACUAUGAUAGAUGCUAUAUGGUAUAAGAUGAUGCCGCUUUUCUUUAGCAGUGAAAACGAGUGCAGUUUUCAUUUUUCAGAAUGACAGGCGCCGAGUGUCAGUGUUUGUUAAUCAUCUUGAAACUUGUUUUGCUCUGAGGUAAGUGAAGACGUGAGCCGUUAUUGCAGCUUUCUGUGUGUUUGUUCACUGUGGUGAUAUUUAAUGUAAUAUUUUUUUUGACAUUUCAGCAUUUGUCUUAAAUUUCUCAGAGGCUUUCAGAUGAAAACUUUUAAAACCUGGAGGGAUUUGAAACCUUUAGAAAGGAUUUUCAAAACACAUCUAGUGUCUGUUUUUACGUCUGAUCUUUUUUACAACACUAAUGUCUGUUUCUCUGAACAUAAAUCCAUCAGUGUGCGCGCAAUACCUGUGUUUUGUGUGACAUUUUGUUUGUUCACGUAACUGUAGUGUGUAAAGUGUGUCAUAUUCCUGACAAAUCAUGUAGGCAAUAAUUUAUAUUUACAUUCAUGUAACGUCAAUCUAGUGUUCCUGUGUCAGUGAUGUAAAGUUGUGUUUAAGUCGGGACUGUCCCGUAUGCUCAGGACCAGGCGAGUUGUAACUGCGUGAUCUCUGAGCCGUAAUCUCAGCACAAGGAGACCUGCUCUGCUCAGGCAAAAUCAAUAAACAGCAUUCUCUCUCACCCAGCACUCAAUACACAACACUUAAGGUGUCUGUGAAAACUAAAAACGCCAAUAACUGUUAUUAAUGCCCUGAAAUUUUCCAAAGCACAGCAUUUAAGGCUAAGUCUGUCAUUCUGGUUACUGCCAAUCCUUUCCACUCACUGUGAAUUUUAAAUACUACUACUACUGAUAAUAAUAAUAAUAAUAAUAAUACAUACAUACAUCUUGAAUUUGAUGUGACAUUAUGACAUUAUUCCAUUAGUCAUCAUUUAUUGUGUAAGGAAU